GAAGUGGCGUCAGCCGCUGUGGGCGAAGACCCGGAACCGGCGGCGUAGGAAUCUGUGACUAGCGUCGCUGCGGGGCCCGCUUCGCCCCGAGGCUUCGCUAUGAGCUGCACCAUCGAGAAGAUCCUGACGGACGCGAAGACGCUUUUGGAGCGGCUGCGGGAGCACGAUGCUGCCGCCGAGUCCCUGGUGGAUCAGUCGGCCGCCCUGCACCGGCGGGUGGCUGCAAUGAGGGAGGCGGGCGCCGCGCUGCCGGACCAGUAUCAAGAGGAUGCCGCCGACCUGAAGGACAUGUCCAAAUACAAACCGCACAUCCUGCUGUCCCAAGAGAACACGCAGAUUAGAGACCUGCAGCAGGAGAACCGAGAGUUGUGGAUUUCCUUGGAAGAACACCAGGAUGCUUUGGAACUCAUCAUGAGCAAGUACAGGAAACAGAUGCUACAAUUAAUGAUUGCUAAAAAAGCAGUGGAUGCUGAACCUGUCUUGAAAGCGCACCAAUCUCAUUCUUUAGAAAUUGAAAGUCAGAUUGAUAGAAUCUGUGAAAUGGGAGAAGUGAUGAGGAAAGCUGUUCAAGUGGAUGAUGACCAGUUUUGUAAGAUUCAGGAAAAACUAGCUCAACUAGAGUCAAUUAUAUUAAUAGAAAGCUCCUCUUGGCCAUAGCUAUUAGGCCUGUUCAGCACAAGCUUGAAAACAAGGAGCUUCGGGAACUGUUGUCCAUCAGUAGUGAGUCUCUCCAGGUGAGGAAGGAAGACUCAAUGGAGAGUGCUUCCCAAGUCACCAAAUAAUGCUCACCUUUUGAACAACUGCUGGAGAGCACCCUGCAGGGAAGGGAGUUGGGAGUUAUUUGCUCUUUGUGUGUUGUCUGUUCGGUGUCAUCUUCCUGCCUCAGGUUGAAUUUGGGGCCAGAAGUGUCAGGCGGCAGCUUGAUGGCUAGUCAAAGCCUACUUCUUACAAAUAUUCUUCAGAUACGUUGGUGAAAGUGUGACUUUCAUUGAGCUGUCUCCCCACCUUUUUCCAGGAGAUGACUUUUUUGCUUUUUCAUUUUGGGGACCUCAGUUUAUCCAAACUAUGUUUCCAUCUUGUUUGUUGGUGUUUUUUUUUUCAUAGCUCCAACAAGUAGAACAUUUCAUUGUGAGCCAUCAUAUUUACAUUAAGAUAGUGAAAUGGAAUUCCAAACAAAGAAGUAUGACAACUUAGAGCUAUUUGGUUUGGAACUAGAUUUUGGCAAUUUAGCCUGAAUAAUAUUCUUACAUAGAGCAAAACUAGCAGUUCAUCUAUUUGUAGUGUCAUUCAAUUUCUCUAAUGUUUUAAAACUCUGUGGUGCUAGGAAUUGGGGCUUUGUGACCUAGUGUCCUUACUCUUAUUUUGAGAGUACCCAUUAUAGCCAAUCCCAAGAAAAUAUACUUGAAAAUUAUAGUCUUAUGUCAGACUUAGUAAAACUGUAAUAUGAUUAAAACCAUGUUGUUUUUUAAUCUUGUAUUUCAUAUUGUACUCAGUUCAAAGGCUUAAAGUAUUUUUUUUCUAAUAACUGUGUAGAGUCUGUUUUUCAACCUUGUCUGCCUAAUAUUUUUAACCUGUUGGAAGUCAGCCAUCCAGAUUUAAGACACCUUUCCACUUCCAGUUUUUAAUUACUUCUUUUCUUAAAUAGAAUACAGGUGUGGUGCUUAAGUUCCCACCUCUCCCAUGAAUUGACAGGGAUUUCUUUAUAUUCCUGCUUUGCUAUUUUCACCUUGAUAUUUUCCCCAAAGAGUCUGGUGGAGAAAAAUUCUAAAUUAAAAUUCCCAACUGGGGAGAUUGAUGAUUUCUACUUCAAUUCCUAACACUUAUCCAGCCCAUGAAAAACAUACUCUUAUUAGCACAACCUUUUAGUUUGAUAGCAUUUCUUGAGGGUCUCCUGUUGGUUUCUUAACUUGAAGAUCAUUUGAUGGUGUUGCUUAACCUCUUUGGUUUUAAAAUCAAGUUCUUCUACCAUGUGUCUUGGUAUUGCAUGGUAAUAUAUUUCUUGUAAAUAUUGUCUCAUCUUCCCACCAUGUAGUUGCCACCUUCCUUAUCACAUCUUACUCCCCAGACUACUCUUGGAAAUUCAGCCCACCUGUAGGAAGCAGUAUUCAAAGUGUUGAGGUUCAGAAUAAGAAGUCCAACCUUCUUAAAACACUCAACAUAGCUUUGUGUCGUGGAGGAACAGUACAUUAUCUAAAAGACCUUACUGUCAAGUGUUUUGUGAUAGGUUUCUUUUGCACAGUCACAAAGAAUUUUAUUGCUAUUAUCACAGCAUUUUACUUUCAGCUCCAAGAUCAAAAUGUCCCCCAGAAAUCCAGUGUUUCUGAGUCCCAGUGAUGCCAAUUUAUCUCUCCUGUGGAUGGCAUUUAGAGGGACAGGAGUAUAUGGUUUGAGAACUGGCUCUUGGUUAUCUGAAUACCAUUUUUAUUGAAAGUACUCCUGUCCCUUUGUGCUAAAUGUGUAUCUUCUCAUCCAAAAGCAAAUGAACUGUUAGUCCCAACUUUAAUGCCUUAAAGUAUGCCAUUGGUGCCACUUGGAGUCAUAUAGAUAGGUAACCCUGUUCUUUCUUUAACUGACCGUAGUCCUAUUUUAAUGGAGUUGUUCAUUGGCAUAAAGUCAAGUUACUUGUUAAGGUGUAUAACAUGGUGUUUACUACACUGUGAUUCUCUUGUCAUCUGUUUUCUACUGCUGGAGCCAUUUGAAAGAGCUCUUUACAUCUCAGGUUAAAUAAAUCUGUACAGUGAGUGGUUUUAUCCUCUCUCCCCUACAUAAAAUAAAAUAAAGGCUCGAAAUGGG